AUUGUGAGAGAGAGCAUCGGAUCUCACAAAAUCGCCCGCAGUUUCAUCUUCUUCUUCACUCUCUUGCUCUCAGUCUCAGUUCUAUUUGUGGUCUGUACUAGAUUUCACUUGCUGAAUUUCAAGUUGAUUAUUCUAUUUUCUGAAUACCGAAGGCCAAAGCUAAUUCAUUCUGUACUGGUUCCACUGAAGUAGCAAUUCUCCAACUAGAAUAGGUCACUCUAAAACAUACUAUUUUUCUGAAAGCAUUUCAAAUGGUUGAUAGCAAUCCUUCCUCUGGAUCACCCGAAGAAACACAAAAUCCCAACCCAGAUGGGAAUGCACCUGUUGAAAGUGAUCUUGCAUUGGAGAAUCUAGCCCAAAAAGUUCAAGAAUCUCUCUCUCUGGAAAAAAGACAUAAAUUUUGGGAAACCCAACCUGUUGGGCAGUUCAAGGAUGUAGGGGACUCCAGUUUGCCAGAAGGCCCGAUUGAACUUCCAACCCCCUUAUCUGAGGUCAAACAAGAACCAUACAACCUUCCUGACCACUAUGAAUGGGUUACUUGUGACAUAAACUCUGAGGAGACGUGUGAUGAGGUAUACAACCUUCUUGCUCAUAAUUAUGUUGAGGAUGAUGAGAAUAUGUUUCGAUUUAACUACUCAAAGGAAUUUCUGCGCUGGGCUCUGCAACCUCCGGGUUAUUUCAAGAGUUGGCAUAUUGGUGUCCGUGUUAAAAGUUCCAAGAAGAUGGUUGCCUUUAUAACAGGUAUUCCUGCUAGAAUCCGAGUUCGUGAUGAGGUUGUUCAUAUGGCAGAGAUCAAUUUUCUGUGUGUCCAUAAGAAGCUUCGAACAAAGAGGCUUGCUCCUGUCAUGAUCAAAGAGGUCACCAGGAGGGUGCAUCUGGAAAAUAUGUGGCAGGCAGCCUACACUGCUGGAGUAGUUCUCCCUACACCAAUAACAACUUGUCAAUACUGGCACAGAUCUUUGAAUCCCAAGAAGCUAAUUGAUGUUGGUUUUUCUCGGCUUGGUGCACGAAUGACAAUGAGUCGAACCAUCAAGCUUUACAAGCUACCAGAAUCAACAAUCACCCCAGGGUUUAGGAAGAUGGAAAUUCAUGACGUUCCUGCAGUUACCAGGCUAAUUAGAAAUUAUUUGAGUCAUUUUGUUGUUGCACCUGAUUUUGAUGAAAACGAUGUGGAGCAUUGGCUUCUUCCAAGGGAUGGUGUUAUUGACAGUUAUCUGGUUGAAAGUCCGGAAACUCACGAGGUCACGGACUUUUGUAGUUUUUACACACUUCCUUCUUCUAUCCUUGGCCACCUAAAUUAUAAAAUUUUGAAAGCAGCAUAUUCAUUUUAUAAUGUUUCCACAGUAACUCCUUUGCUUCAGCUGAUAAAUGAUGCUCUCAUUGUCGCAAAACACAAGGAUUAUGAUGUUUUCAAUGCAUUAGAUGUCAUGCAGAAUGAGACCUUCUUGAGGGAACUGAAGUUUGGACCAGGUGAUGGGAAACUUCAUUAUUAUCUUUACAACUACCGAAUAAGGCAUGCAUUGAAGCCAUCAGAGCUUGGGCUUGUGCUUCUGUAGUCUAAAUUUUGGAAAUUUGUCUUGCUAUAUUGGGAUUUAUAAUGGUUUUGCUGUAGACAUUGUAUGGUUGCAAAUUAUGUGGUGAUCAACGAUUAGACCUUAAAUUUUGCUUUACUAUUCGAACAAACAAGUUUUACAUAGUCCUUGGAGGCAAUUCUGGAAUGCCGGUAAUGCCACAAACUGGUAUAACUUAAGGAUUGACAAUUCCUGUUUACUAAUUCCUUUUCUUUUUUUGUGCUGACGACGAUUAUGUCUUUUUAAGUUUGAUUUUUUGUCUUGUA